GUCAUGGACAUAGGUUUCAUGGAGGUCAGGACCAUAGGUUUCAUGGAGGCCAGGACCAUAUGUCUGAUGGAGGUCAGGACUAUAGGUCUCAUGGAGGUCAGGACAAUAGGACUCAUGGUGGUCAGGACUAUAGGUCUCAUGGUGGUCAGGACCAUAGGUCUCAUGGAGGUCAGGACUAUAGGUCUCAUGGAGGUCAGGACCAUAGGACUCAUGGUGGUCAGGACUUUAGGUCUCAUGGAGGUCAGGACCAUAGGUCUCAUGGAGGUCAGGACCAUAGGUCUGAUGGUGGUCAGGACCAUAGGUCUCAUGGUGGUCAGGACUAUAGGUCUCAUGGAGGUCAGGACAAUAGGACUCAUGGUGGUCAGGACUAUAGGUCUCAUGGAGGUCAGGACCAUAGGUCUCAUGGAGGUCAGGACCAUAAAUCUCAUGGAGGUCAGGACCAUAGGUCUCAUGGUGGUCAGGACUAUAGGUCUCAUGGAGGUCAGGACCAUAGGUCUCAUGGUGGUCAGGACCAUAAGUCUCAUGGAGGUCAGGACCAUAGGUCUCAUGGUGGUCAGGACCAUAGGUCUCAUGGAGGUCAGGACCAUAGGUCUCAUGAUGGUCAGGACUAUGGGUCUUAUGGAGGUCAGGACCAUAGGUCUCAUGGAGGUCAGGACCAUAGGUCUCAUGGUGGUCAGGACUAUAGGUCUCAUGGAGGUCAGGACCAUAGGUAUCAUGGUGGUCAGGACCAAAGGUCUCAUGGUGGUCAGGACCAUAGGUCUCAUGGUGGUCAGGACCAUAGGUCUCAUGGUGGUCAGGACCAAAGGUCUCAUAGAGGUCAGGACUAUAGGUCUCAUGGAGGUCAGGACCAUAGGUCUCAUGGUGGUCAGGACCAAAUGUCUCAUAGAGGUCAGUGCCAUAGGUUUCACGGAAGUCAUGGACAUAAGGCUCGUGGAGGUCAUUGCAUAGGACUCAUGGAGGUCAGUGCCAUAAGUCUCAUGAAGGUCAUGGACAUAGGACUUCUGGGGUGGAUUUGAAGGGCAUAGAUCUUCUGGAGGUUGGGGGCAUGGGGGUCUAGGCCAUUGGACUUAUGGAGGUCAUGGACAUAGGACUAGUGCAGGUCUGGGAAAUAUAUCUUGUGGAGGUCAUGGACAUAGGACUAGUGCAGGUCUGGGAAAUAUAUCUUGUGGAGGUCAUGGACAUAGGAUCAGUGAAGGCCAGGGGCAUAGGAAUAGUGGUCUGGGGCAUUCCAACAGAAACUGCCUCCCAUUAUUAUCUUAACCUUAACCACUUUUGGAUAUGACAGAACAUUAACCUGGAG